CUGAAACAACCAUCCUCCGUCUCGUCUCCGUCGUAAACAUGGGCACCAGGAUAGUAUCGAGAUCUGGAAAAGAGAAGCCAUGUGUCUCCAACGAACUACCUCAACCUAUUGAGAGAAAGUGUCUCACUGUUCUAGGACAUGAAACCGAGGUGUGGAUCUUUCCUACUGAGGACACAGAUUCCUCCUUGAGCGAAACAGAGGAGGAGGAAGAUGAUGAAUCUGAUGAUGGCUUCCCUAUGAAGCAAUUCUGUGGUUAUAACCAGCUUGAGUCUCCUGUUUUCUCUGACCGUGACAGAGACCAACCUAUCCAGAGUGGAACCAAGAUUUCCGUGGAUUCCACCAACGUCAAGUGCCUUACGAGGAAGAGUCAGAUUUUGGCACAAAACUCUGCUUCUGUCCCUCAUUUUAACUCCAUUGAGAAAAAGUUUCUGACUGUCCUUGGACAUGAGACCGAUGUCUGGAUCUUCCCUGAUGACUCGGACUCUGACUCUUCUUUGAGUGAAGAUGACGAGGAUAUAUACGUCAUUGAGAGAAGCUAUAUUGGCACUACGCCUACCAACUCUGCAAUGGGUGACCUUGGAGCUGUUCCUUCUAAUGUGCACACAUCGUUAGCAUCUUGCAUCGAAGAGAUUACAAAACAUGUGGAGUUUUUGAAACAGGAACUUGCGAAACCAAUUCCGUCUAGAGAUUGCUUAAAAUGGGCGGAUCUAUUGUUUUCUUGGAUACCAAAAACGAAAGCUCUUCCUAACUAUUCCCAAUUAGCUGGUGAAUGUUGGUCUCAGGCCCUUUCCAGAGGCCGUGCUUAUUACAUGGCUGCCAAUAAGAUAGAUGGAAAAGAAUUAACCAGCGAACAACUUCUUGAUGGUGUUCCGAAGAGUCAUCUAAUGAUUUCAGGUGGAAUUGAUCGACUUGAAAACGCAAGGGACUUUAUGGUGGAGAACAACUAUGUCAAGGACAUGAUUGUCCAUAGGCGUCCUGUAGAUCCUGUUGAUUUUCCUGGUUUUGAGAUUCUGCUUGAGAAGCUGCUAGCAAGAGCCCCUGUGGUUGUUGUGUUCGAUGUUCUUCCUGGGUACAUGGAUUAUGAUGGAAAAAGUAUAUUCACUCCCGAUGAGACGGAAUGUGCUUUAGCUUCGUUUGAGAGACUUAAACAGCACAGUGUUGUUGUCACCGGGUGUGGGAUUGGGCUGGUCGAAGGAGAGCCGAUUGAGUUCUGGCAAACCCAUGAUACCAGGAGUUCUGAAUGGGGAGUGGACGGUUUUGGCAAGUUGGCUCGUCGGUAUGGUCUGAUGGUAGCAGCGGUUGAGUUUAAGUUCUGAUCAGUACCGCCAAAAUGAUCACAAGCAAAAUGAGGAUGAGAGAAGCCUUGAAGCUCUUGAAACUUUUUAUAAUUUGUAAUAAUCACGGUUGGGUUAUAAACAACUCGUCUUCUCUUGUUUACUCGUAAGAUUCUAAGGCUUUUGAUGUGUUAAGACUUUUGCUUCUUUUUUUUUUUGAGUUCAGACUCAUACCUUUUGAUGUGAUAUAUGUUAAGGAAAAUUUGACAAUCGAAAUUCACUAUCUACCAAAUUGCGC